CCCGACCUGGAGAAUCGUUUCACGGACAGCACAUGCACUACUCCGUACUUCGCCAUCAAACCGUCAUCAUCACUUCGAAGCUUCUUUAACAUCAUCCCUCCUCCCGGUCGCCCUCGUGUCAUCGGAUUGGUGAUGCAGCUAUCUUAAUCAUGACAAUAAGAGAAGAUAUUGUCGCCUCUGCGGCGCAAUUUCUCCAAGAUCCGAGCGUUGCCAGCUCGUCCAUCGAGAACCGCGUCUCGUUUCUCCGAACGAAGAACCUCACCCAGGAAGAGAUCGGUGCCGCCCUCACACGAGUAGGCGUUCAGUCUCCGACAGCAGUUGCCGCGCCUCCUGCUACGGGUAGUCCAGUGCCAGCUGGGCAACCGCAACAACAUUAUACGACAACCUAUCCAGCCCAAUAUGCCGCUUGGCAACCUCCUCCCCCGGUUCCCAAGAGAGACUGGAGGGACUGGUUUAUUAUGGCGACGGUGGUAGGGGGCGUCAGUUAUGGGGCUUAUGCAUUGGCAAAACGCUACGUGUACCCGCUUAUCGCACCGCCAACUCCCGAACGUCUAGAGCAAGACAAGAAGUCCAUCGAGGAGCAAUUCGACAAAGCGUUCUCCCUAGUAGAGCAGCUGGCUAAAGACACGGAAGCUCUCAAGGCGGCGGAACGGGAACGGACAGAAAGGCUCGACGGGGCCUUGUCGGACUUCGAAGCCGUCAUCAACGAGAUUAAAUCAGCAAACCGACGCCGAGACGACGAGGCCCAGCGCAUUCGCGACGACGUUGGAAACCUUAAGGAUGGGAUUCCGAGGGCGAUGGACAGCCAGAAGGACCUGACGGACCAGCGGCUCCGCGAGAUCAACGCCGAGCUCACCAGCCUCAAGGCCCUGAUCUCGCAGCGGAUGCAGUCGGCGCCGACCCCGUCUGCGUCUUCGAACGUCAACGGAUUCCCGCAGACGACGAGCGCCACGGCCGCGACUCCCAGCCCCAUGGCGGGUAAGCAGGCGACUGUCAGCGUCGAGAGCCCGACGCCCAGUGCGGCAGCUUCUCCGGCCGCCGGGGAUGCCCCGAAUCCGCUCUUGGCCCGGGGCCUGGGACUGGGCAACACGGGAGCGAAAGCAUCCAUUCCCGCUUGGCAGAUGGCCAUGGUCAGUAAGGGUUCUGGAAGCUCUACUCCUGUAAACGCAGGUGAGGGGUCUGGGAAUUCACAGCCUGAGGCUAGCGGUUCGUCAUAAGUGACUUGAUGGGAGGGGCAAAGCAAAAAUACUUGUACAAUACAAAGGGGGAGGGGUUUCUUCUUCUCACUGGCAGUACUCGGAUCAUCCUCCAGGUGUAGGUCAGCUUGAUUCGAACGAAGGAGGGCUCCGAAUGCUGAAGUGGACUCGCUGUGGUGAAAUUAUGGAUUGGCUACUGGCAUGUUUUGGAUUCUUCCUGGAUUCACUGAUACGGCUUGACUAGUAUCGUCACCGAUUGCACGGAGUUGGC